GCGUUUUUGACAGCGCGUAAAAAACUUUUUGACGUUGCGGCUGCAUCUUGUGUUUUUGUCCAUUUUUAAUCGUUUCAGUCACCUUCCCCGGAUAAAUUGUAGACUUUUUUGCUCCUUUAUACACCUAAUCAUUUAAUGAAAUUUUUAAGAUGGAGAUCAAAAGUGACUUGGAUUUGAGUGGUAAAUUAAUAAUUAAGGUACAACUAGGAGAUGAUAUUAGGCGAAUUCCAAUCCACAACGAAUCUUUAACUUACGAUGAACUGGUUUUAAUGAUGCAGAGGGUAUUUAGAGGCAAAUUAUCAGCGAAUGAUGACAUCACAAUUAAAUACAAAGAUGAAGAUGGUGAUCUUAUAACGAUAUUCGAAAGUAACGAUUUAUCUUUCGCUAUACAAUGCAGUCGAAUUUUGAAAUUACAAAUUUUAUUAAAUUCCGAUCUGAAAAACGAUUCUGCUAGUGCUUUAUCAUCGACUGAAGUAACUAAUCUGAAAAAACAACUAAGAAAUAUAAGGGAUCAAGUGAAUACCUUACUGGAUACGAUAGAUGUACAUGAAAAUAAGACACUUAACAGUGGUCUUCAAGAAACUGGAGAUACAUCAAACUUAGAUCUGAAUCAAUCUAGUUCUUCUUUAAAUAAGGUCAACUCGAGCGAGUUUGAUCCAUUGCAAGAUAAAGGCCAGAAGAACGGCACCGAAGACGCAAAAGACUCUUCCAAGCCAUCCACUCCACAGAUUAACAAUGAAGGUAAUUUAACUAAACAAAAAUCGAAUCGCGCUGGUAGUAGACCGCAGUCAGUAUCUAUGGCGACCACUCCUGGUCAACAGUCCGUGGUGACAUCGGCAGCUAAUCCUCAUGGUAUAACGGACUAUUUUGGUCGUUCAUCUAGUGCUACUAACUUCCCAGGAAUGCAGUACAGUUCAUUACCCUAUCCUCAACAGUAUAACUUCCAAUCAACAGGACGUUACGUCCCCCAAGUGAUGGAUAGCUCCCAAGUUCCGAGUUCCAACGCUUACUCGAACCCACCGCAAGGAAGCCUUUCCUAUCCACAGCAGCAACAGUACGGACACCCACCAGUAGUGUACCCCGCUUCAGCCCAAGGCAACCCCUACUCGAAGGGAUUCACCCAGCCCUCGCCGCAGCACGGUUUCAUGCCACCACGUCAAUAGACGACUAACUAUUUCUAUUGAGACUAUUUUAGACCAGUCUGUGAAAAGACUCGAACGUGAGUAAGUUCCGUCUAGCAAUUGAUAAUUUUUGUUUGGAUCGAGUCGUUUUUGACUAAGGGAAAUCAAAUUUGGAGGUUACGUUUUAAGUUUAUUUGGAGCUUAAGUUAUUUUAUAGACCAUUCCAGAGCGACCUCAUUUGACAGCGUAUGAGGGGCAAACAUUCGUAAACAAAGUACGUUUAGUGCAGAAAACCAUUGUUUACUUUAAGAAUGUCAUUAAAAUGCCGGCGUUUUGUUCAGUUCCAACAGUGUUCCAGUAGAGGUGAAAGAGAUACGGUGAUGUUUUUUAAAAUACCUGCCGCAUUUAAAGAUCGCGGUGAUGUUUAAAUGUACUUUCAAAAGAACGAUGAGAGUUGUGGGUCAAAGCUUUAAAAAGGGGCCCUUUAUCCGAACGUUUCUUGAAGAAUGCGAGAAUAUGUUUCAGGCAUUUUAUAAAAGGUAAGGUACUAGAUAAACUUAAAAAAGAUUUUCAUUCUGAAUAUAUGGAGUUUUACAUUCCCUGUGAGGGUGUUACAAUAUCCAAUAUUUGACAUUUUUGCAGUAAUCACAGAUUUUUAAUAAUAAAACGAGAAAAAAUCAAAUAGAACACUGAAAACUUAAAAGCAAUGUUUGCUUGCCCCUCGGCGAUGCUGUCGAAAGUCUCGUGACCUGGAAUGGCCAAUUGUUUUCGAUAAGUCUAUUUCAUUUUAAUGAUAUAGGUAGAUUAGUGAAUGGAUUGGGAAGAUUUCGGGGAUGAUUUUUUAAUGAAAAAUAUUUGGAAAGAUGUUUGCCUUCUAGCAUGAUCUCCAUCUGUAGAUCUGUCUCAUUUGAUCAACAGCAAAACCAUCUUGAUGGUAUAUAAGUAUUUUUUACGAUGAUUUGGGAACUGGGAUAGGAAACCCAGCUGCAUUCCAGUGUUGCCGGAUAGACCAAAAAACCAAUGUAUAUUUGAAUCCUGGUGUCCAAAGAACCAUUAAAACUUCAAAAUUUUGUGAACUGACUAAUUUAUUAUUAACAAAUCAUUCUACAAAUUUCCUAAUCUAUUUUACCAAAACUUGAUAUAAAGUGUACAUGUUAACAUCUAUUUUUGGAAAGAUUUAGGAGUACUAAUGAGUUGACAAAGAGAAAUCUAUUCAAACUUAAAACGGGAUACUACCCGAAGGUUGGCUGUAUACCAUCUAGUUAAAUAAAAUUAACAUGAAGUAAAACUCCCUAGUGUAGUUGGUAUAUUUAAUAAAAAUUUAAAAAAAAAUCCAAAACGAUUACGUUCAUAACGUUUUCGGACUUAUCAGUCCAUCAUCAGUGAAACUAAAAGUAAGUACUAAUCUCACUUAAUAAAAUUGAAAAGGGUGAAAUUUUGAAUGUUAGAAAUUGAAAAGUGUGGUUAAGAUUACUUACUUUCUUCUGUCCUUACUAAAUAGCUACAAUGUCAAACACUGGUUAAAAUCUGGUUAACACUGGUUAAGAACAUACAUCUUAACCAGUGUUUGGCAUUGUGGGUAUUUAGCAAGGACAGAGAGUAAGUAAUCUUAACCACACUUUUCAAUUUUUAACAUUCAAAAUUUCACCCUUUUCAAUUUUAUUAAGUGAGAUUACUUACUUACUAAAGUAAAAGUAGAUGAAGAACUAACUGACCCAAUUGAAGCUGGCAGUGGGAUAAGACAGGGAGAUUCCCUGAGUCCUCUGUUGUUCAACCUGAUCAUGGACGAAAUAAUAAAAAAGUAAGAACAAAAAAGGAUACCAAAUGGGAGAAAAACAACUUAAAAUAAUCUGCUAUACAGACGACGCAAUACUAAUCUCUCAAAUUGAAGAUGAUUUACAACAUAUGCUGCACGAAUUUAAUAUAACCGCUAGAAAAUUUAACAUGUUAAUUUCAUCAAAAAAAGACUAAAUGCAUGGUUAUAACAGCAGAUCUGAUAAGGUGUAAAUUAGAGCUGGAGGGUCAAAUAAUAGAACAAGUCGUGGAGUUUAAAUAUCUAGGCAUCACACUAUGCAGCUACGGAAAGCUCGAAACAGAAGUGGAAGAUCAGGUGAAUAAAGCAAACAGAGCCGCAGGUUGCCUGAAUGAAACAAUAUGGAGAAAUAAAAACAUCGGAAAAGAAGUGAAAGGCAGAAUUUACAAAACAGUCAUCAGACCAAUUAUGACAUACGCGGCAGAAACAUGACCUGAUACAGAAAGGACAAAAAGAAUGCUAGAAGCAGCACAGAUGAAAACAUUGCGAAAAAUCGAUGGUAAGAUGCUGUGGGAUAGAGCUAGAAGUGCAGACUUUGCAAGGUGGACAACAUUAAUAACUGGGUGAAAAGCAGAAGAGUAGAAUGGAACGACCACAUAAGCCGAAUGACAGCAAAUAGAGUAGUAAGGACGGCGAGAGACGGCUCCCCAAUAGGAAGACGAUCAGUGGGAAGACCACGAAAAAGAUGGAAUGACAACUUACUGGAGGCACAUUGAAAAACAGACAGAGUAAUGUCUAUAUAAAAAGAAGAAGAAGAGAUUACUUUUAGGUUAACUGAUGAUGGACUGAUAAGUCCGAAAACGUUAUGAACGUAAUCCUUUUGGAUUUAAAAAAAAAUUUAAUUUUUAUUAAAUAUACCAACUACACUAGGGAGUUUUACUUCAUGUUAAUUUUAUAGAAAUCUAUUCCGUAAUUAAUUUGGAUCCUAGUACAUUCUGACUUAACCUGUAUAUAAAUGUAUUGAGUUAAAAGAUCUUAGGCUCGAUGCACAUUUGCGUAUUUUCAAGUUGCGUGCACGCUGCUUGUUUUCAAGCCAAGUUUCCCGUCAACACACAUUUGAGUGGUUUCUCGGGGUCAAUACACGCCAGAAAUAAACAACUGUGCAUCUACGUUGAAAUCGAUCGCGCGGUCAACGUGUACUCACUGAUUGCCCAACAUAGACUUCCAAACCGCCUGACUUGUAGUGAUGUUGAUUUUAAUUACUUUCGAGUAUUCGUUACAAAUCGUUACUUUUCAAUAAAGUAAUCAUUUACAUUACAAUAUUCGUUACUUUGAUUACUAUGAUUACUUUUGUAUUUGAGUACCGGUGAUCAUAAUAUGAGGUAAUCAUGAUAUUAUCGAAAAUCGUAUUUCUCAGUAGGUAGGUAUUUUGUAUAGGUAUUCCGAUAUAACAAGUAAUCAUUUACAGUAUUCGUUACUUUGAUUACUAUGAUUACUUUUGUUACUUUUGUAUUUGAGUACCUGUAAUCAUAUCGAAAAUCGUAUUUCUCAGUAGGUAGGUAUUGUGUAUAGGUACAUAUUCCGAUAUAACAAAUAAUUAUUUACAGUAUUCGUUACUUUGACUACUAUGAUUACUUUUGUAUUUGAGUACCGGUAAUCAUAUCGAAAAUCGUAUUUCUCAAUAGGUAGGUAUUUUGUAUGUCCCCCCUAAAUGCCCUGGUCUAAUUCUAAUAAAACCAAUGCAAUACAUACAAAAUUAAAGUUGUUGAUCAUACUGUAGAAACAUUAUUAUUUCCACAUUUUUCCGGUCAGUCUAAAAAGUAAUCAAGUGUACUGGUUGUAGAUACAAUAGUCGUUACUCGCUCUGAUACGACUGGUAUGAAGUAACGAAGUAAUCAGAGUAAUCAAAGUAGAUACAAUAGUCGUUACUCGCUCUGAUACGAUUGGUACGAAGUAACGAAGUAAUCAGAGUAAUCAAAGUAGAUACAAUAGUCGUUACUCACUCUAAUACCAUUGGUACGAAGUAACGAAGUAAUCAGAGUAAUCAAAGUAAACAAAGUAGAUACGAUAGUCGUUACUCGCUCUGAUACGAGUAAUCAAAGUAGAUACAAUAGUCGUUAGAAGUAACGAAGUAAUCAGAGUAAUCAAAGUAACGAUUUGUCUCUCUUUAUAGUAAUCGUUACUUUCGGUAUUCGUAAGUAACGAUUACUUUGUAACGAAUAGUUACUUUUUCAACAUCACUACUGACUUGUUUUCAAGCCGCGUGCAUGUGGCGGCGUAGCAGAAACUGGCGUGCUGUCGGUCCACGCGGCUUGCAAGUCACUUGCACCCCGCGGCUCAGCUCGAGUGUGCAGUGAAUGAAUUCAACUUAUGUACUGCUGAACCGCAAGCGAUCGCACGUGGCUUGCUCGCAGCUUGAAAACACGCAAAGGUGUAUCGAGCCUUAUUAACCUAGGUAUUAAAAGAAUUAUUUAGUUUAAGAAGAAAGUCUGAAAUUAUGAUGAAAUCGACGGAUUUGUAACUGAUGUUACUCGACUGGAUUUGUGGUAGGAUAUUUAGGUAAUUUUUUAUUGAAAGACUUUUAUUUAUAUAAAGUUAUAUUAAAUCAUGAUAUACUUAACGUAGUUAUAGUAGAAUAGUCUUGGAGAAGCUAGGACAACUAAUCCCCGGACAAAUAUUCCCGGACAAAAAAUCCCCACAAAUUAUCCCCGGACAAAAAAUCCCCAUAAAUAAUCCCUACAAAUAAUCACCGGACAAGAAAUCCCCACAAAAUAUCCCGGACAAAUAAUCCCCACAAAUUUUUUUGGACAAAAUAUCCCCAAGAAAUAUUUGCUGCCGAAUAUUUCUCUAAAAGAUUUUCCGUGAAUGCAAUGAACGCAAACGUUUUUCAACCUCAGUGCAUGAGAGUUAUAGCAAUCACCAUAAAACCUGUUUUGGGCACGAAAAUAAUAUUUAUUUUUUAUUUAUUAAGGGCAACAGACCUUGUAGGCCUAAGGCUAAAAUGUUUACAUUUCUGAUUACAUAAAUAAUAUAAUAAAUAACUUAAUAUAACUUACAUAACUUAUAAAACUUAUAAAUUUUAUUUAAUUACACUUCAGUUUUUUUAUACACUCCUUCACCACCUCUCUCCAUCUCCUUCUGUCCAAUGCUAGUUCUUUCCAUCUCUCAAUGUUACUUUUCUUCAAGUCUUCAUACACACUGUCCUUCCAUCUUUUCCUUGACCUGCCUUUCCUCCUCUUUUGUAUUGGUCUUCGUGAGAGUACCAUUUUUGGCAUUCGUUUACUUCCCAUUCUCUCGAUGUGCCCCAAGUAUCGUGUUCUCUGUGCUUUGAUCGUCGUCGUGAUCGUUAGCUGUUGAUAUAGUUCUUCCAAUUCUUUAUUGGUUCUUCUUCUCCACUGACCUAUUUUCACACCUCCAUAUAUAUAUAUUGCUCUUUGCAUUUUUCUCUCCCAUCUUUCUAAAAGGUCUGUUUCUGACUUUUUGACUUCUGACUUCCAAUAAAUCACCAUAAAACCUGUUUUGGGCACGAAAAUAAUGAUUAACAAAUACAAUUAAGCAUGCAUUUUAAUUUCCAUUACCAAAUUUCGAAUUGCAAUUGUUGAGUUUUUUGGCUGUGGGAAUCAUAUUGUAAUUAUUCGCUUAAAUCUUUUGCUCACCUUGCUUUGAACAACUCUGUUUAAAACAUUGCCUAUUCAUAAUGAUAACUGCUGGUCCUGAAAACGAUAGUCUUGAUUCUAAUGCAAAAAACCUGUACCUUUUUGGUUUGAUUUUUGGAUAAAUUUUUAUGGAUGCACACAUAUCCCCAAUAAUUACAUUUUUUAAAAACCGGAUAAAGAAUAGUAUUGCCCAUAAAUUUGUUCCUAAAAGCAUCAAAAAGUUAAAGAUAAUCGAAAAGCUUUGUAUAACUUUCCUCGCGAUGCGUUGUUCUGGCAUUGGCAUUGAAAUUAGUGGAAAUUUCAAUUGUUUUGAUACAUACAAAAUCGUAUACUGAUAUAUCUGCUCUCAUGCACUAAGGCUGAAAAACAUUUGCAUCGAUUGCAUUCACAGAAAAACUUUCAGAGGAAUAUUUGGCGGCAAAUAUUUCUUGGGGAUGUUUUGCGGGGAUAUUUUGCCCAAAAAAAUUUGGGGAUUAUUUGUCCGGGAUUUUUUGCUACCAAAAAAAGUUAAGUUUUCCAUUUUAGAGGGGGUGAGCGAGUACAAAUUUUCAAAAAUCGUUUUUUGUUUUAGCGCCAUCUAUCCAUAAUUCGAAUAAAUGUCUCGAAUAAAAGUUACUUAUUUUUACGUAAAUAAUCCAAAUCUGCAGUAAAAAUUAGGAAUUCCUCUUUAAGAUUUUAAAGUAACCCGCCACCACACGUCCAUGGGGGUCGUGUUUGGUGUCAUUCGAUAAAUUUUUGAAAAAUAUUGAACACGUGUUUUUCAGUUUUUCGAUCUGAUGUUCAUUUCGCGAAUUAUCGCGGGAGUUCUUUAAGAUUUUAAAGUUACACCACCCCACCUCCGUGGGGGGUCGUGUUUGGUAUCAUUCGAUAGAUUUUUGAAAAAUAUUAAACAUAUUUUUCAGUUUUUUUAACUGAUGUUCAUUUCGCGAAAUAUUCGCUUUUUUGUGAAACUUUGUGAUACCCAUUUCCCUACGCUCCGCUCAAAUCGUCAGAUAUUUGAAAUAUACACUGCUCUUCAUGUACUCAACUUACCUUGUCUUGUUCUGAUGUUGCGAGUUUUUCUAAGGAUAGAUUUUUUUACGGACUGCCCCCAACGCACGCCCCUGUAUUGAGAGUCCUUAUAUGUUAGGGGUACAAUUACAGGGUAAGAGGUUUUCUGACACGCUCGAGGAACGCGCAAAAUCCUCGCUUGGGCUCCCCUACCGUUAUAUUAUUCAACAUUUUAUAUCUUGUUUGUUAAAUUUUUGUUAUACAAAAUCGCUUCCAAAUAAUCAUUCGAAAUGAUUUUCUGUUUUCGUUGCUGUAAACUGAUCUUAAAGGCACUUUUUAUUGUUUUGGUAGGCAAUUGUUAGUUUUAUUAUUGUUUUUAUCUACUUUUAUGGUAUUUUAUUUACCACGUUUUAUAUACUUCGGCUGUUCUUUGUCUGCCUCAUUAUCACUUUGUCCGGGAAAAUCUUUUAAUCGGUUUUAAACGUGCUUCCCGACUAGCUAGAGAUCUGAAAUUUUCAGAAUAGUUCAGAACUCGAUGACAAUGCAAUAUUCAACAACUUUUACAUUUAUGCAUUGAGUUUUAUUUGGAAUUUUAAGCGAUUUUAAUUUUGUAUGGUAAAAUUAGUUCUCACUUUUCUGAAAAGAUGGCGCUACUAGUUUUUUCAAUAAAUGGCGUUACUUUAUAUGUCAUGUAAAAUAUUCUAUUCGUUUGGAAUAAUAAUAGCUAAUGAAUAUUAAAAAUUGUCUCGCUAGUUUGUUUACUUAACCCGCCGUUACACGCGUCUUCUAUUCGGACGUGGUUGCACGCGUAUGAGCGUCGCCCUCACCUACAAAGUUCGACUUAUUUCGAGGAAGAAUGAAUGUCAACAUGGAUAAAUAUAAAAUGGGUUGUACUCUCAUAUUAUAGAAAGUCUCGUAUGCCAACUUUUUUUAUUAAUUUAACAAAACAAAAGUAAAAAUAAUAUACAUAGAUCAAAAGCAAGUUUUCUUAAUUUUCAAUUUCAGCAAGCCACUGAAGAAAUUAACGUUCUUUACGCGAAUUCAUUUUACUAAAAAUACAAAUUAAAAUUAACAACUGUUCUGAAGCUAUUUCUUUGUGGUAUUUAUGUAAUUAACUAUUAAUAUUUUGUAUUUUGAUAACGACGUCCGAGGUGGAAUUCGAAACGUCAAUAAAAUCAAUUUUUCAAGUUAAAUUGUGGCUUAUUUCCCAAUUAGAAUAGGUAAAUUUAAAAAUGGGUUCUUAACCAGUGGCGCACCUAGAAUUUUCCUCUGGGGGGAGGGGGGUUAGCUUGGGCACCGAGAGUUUUUUGUAUUAUUUGUGAACGACAAGUUACAUUUUCCUACUUUCUUUUAUAUAUAUUUCUAUAUGCUCUGGGUGGGAUUUUAACCCCUAAACCCCCCGCUCGGUGUGCCACUGUUCCUAACCUAAUCCAAACAAUAAUAUUUUAAUUAAACCUACCUAAAUAUUAAAUAAAAACCUAAAAGUUUCUUUGAGAUAACAGAAACGUGAUUUCACCGUGAUUGCACGCGCAGUGAGGAAUUCCCUCACUUGAAGAGGGAUGUCUCUUCUUUCAACUAUCACACAGCACACUGACCGCCAGAAAUAUUCUAUAACUUUUUCAUACCCUCUCAUGAACCAUGUUAAAGGCAUUCCUGGGUGCUUAAGGUCAUCGUAUUAGUUUACACAAUUUCAUUGGUUAUAAACAAAUAUGGUGAGGGAUUCCCUCAUAGCGCGUGUAAUGGCGGGUUAAAAAAUUCUCAAAAAUAAAUGUGGUAAUUAUAUUGUGUCCUAUAAAUAAUAAAAAUGUGGUAUUAUAAAAACUUAUUUUUUAUAAAAGUGUAAUUAUUUCCAAUAGCUUUCUCAUUUUUUAACAUUUGUUGUAAAUGUCUAGGAUUUUUUGAACCCCUAGUUCAAUAUUUCCUCUCUUUUUAGCACUACAGAGGAAAUGGCAACUCUUCAUCCCAGUGGCGUAUCUAAACAUUUGGUUUGGGAGGUGAAAUUUACCUUAGGGGAACUUCCAAUGAAACACCAACCAAAAGACAUAAAAAAGAUAAACCCAAACUACAUAAAAGACAUAAAUAAUAACUUAUAUACAUUAAGUUUCUUUAAUUUUCCCAACUAGCGGGUUUAUUGGGUUGAAUUUUUCUGUCUGUGGUUUAAGUUUCAUGUCAGGUUUAUUUAUGUGUCAACAAUUUUUUUUCUUUAAUUUUGACCUUGUUAUGGGGAAAAUUUUCCCAUUUUCUCUCUCCGUAGAUCCGCCACUGCUUCAGGCUUCGACUAUAAAUCGUUACGUAUAUCAUGAAUUAAACGCCAUUUUAAUAAUUUUUUAUGACUACAUUCAACUUUGACUUCCUUUCAAAGGAAUUCGUGAUUCAGACGAAUUGUUCGACGUAAUUUAGGCUUGUUUUCGUACACACAGACUCACCUACUUUUUAUCUAAAAUUUAUUUAAGAUUUUAAAACCUUUUAGUGGUCGUUUAAAGAGGACAAAUUUGUACGUUAAACUGAUGAUGAUAUUAAAUGUUAUUUUUAAUCGUUUUAUGUAUGAUGAUUGCAUUUUUACUAUCUAUUCUGAUGAUGCUCUAGAAUGUAAGCAAUAAAUAAAUUAAUAUUUU